AAAGGAAUUUUACACAAUUUUUCUUUAAACAAGAUUUAUCAUGGCAAUGAUGGUAUGGCGAUGGUUCCACGAAGAUGCAAGUCACUAAUUUACAGUCAUGAUUUGGUUAAUUUUGCUGGGCAAAUGAAACUGGACAUAUCUUCGUUGAAUGUGCUUGAUGAAAGCAUCGGCCAGGGAUCGUUUAAGAAGAUUGCACUGGCAGAAUACACGGUGAGCAUAUCCACUUUAUUCGUCUCUUCCACUCAUGCACUUGUUGGUGCGAUGGAGGUGGUCGUGCUAAAGGAACUAACAAAAAGACCAGACGACAACCUUAUUCAGCUGAUUGGUUGGUAUCUGGAUACUAAUGCGCUCUACGUUGUGACAGAGUACAUGCCCGGAGGCAACCUUGCCACCUACUUGGAAGGACUGCACAAAGCCAGUGAUUUUGUUCAAUUGCUAGAAUUUCGCGAAUUCGCCAGGCAAAUUGCUGCUGGAAUGCGGGUUCUGGAAAAGCAGCAAAUUCAACACAGAAAUCUGGCCGCACGCAAUGUCCUCCUUGACUGUGUCCUGAAGCAGAUAGGUGGAUUUGGACGCAGUCGUCCACAAGGCUCGCACUUCACGUCUGGCGACAUUGCAAUCAAAUGGGCUGCCGUGGAAGUGAUUGAGGAUGGCAGCAAGUACACCCUCUCCUCCGACGUGUGGUCGUAUGGCGUGGUGCUGUGGGAGAUCUAUGGUCUUGGUUACCUGCCGUACAAGAAUGUCGAUAAUCCUAAACUGUUGGAGCACCUGAAGUCGGGAAACCGUCUUGAGCGACCUUUUGACACUCCGGAUUCCAUGUACUCAAUAAUGCAGGAGUGUUGGAGGGAGGAGCCAUCAGAUCGGCCUACAUUCCUCGAUAUUUGCAAUCGUUUGACGUAA